CUGUUUCGAAACUUUUCCUACCAUCUCCAGUUCGCCACCCUAUCUUUUCCUUGUCUCAAGAGUCCCCUGGGAAUAUGGUAUCUUUUCUGUUCUUCCUUUUCUUUUCUGCAAAUAAAUUGAACAGGGCGACGAGAAUGGGAGGAAGAAAGGAAAGGUAAAUUAACCGCCGCUGCUAGGAGUGCUGAAGCGCCAACUAAGCCGCCGCUGCCGCAGCUAACUAGCGCCGAGAAACUACUACUGCCGCUAAUGAACACUUACAAAGCUACCAGCGUCGCUAGUGAGAGCUAUCGAAGCCACCACCACCCUUUGCUACCUCUUUCGUUUAGCCACCAGUCCCACGUACCACCCAAGAUGGACAAUUUUGUUCGCGAGGAAUUUGCUGAUUUUGGUCAUGAUCAAGAUGAUAUUUUGGAUGAUGAGCAAGAAGUUAUAUUUGACACUGAUGAUAGUGAUUGCGAGAUUAGUACCGAUGAUGAAAAUCAGCAGGGUAGUGAGAAUGAAGACAACAUUCAAAUACCAGCUACUGAUCAUAAUUUUAGAAGGAUA